CGAUAUGCUUUCUCUGUUUCAUAGCACUAUAUUGAGAAUUGUUAGUAUCUCAUAGUAGUACAUAUGUCCAUGCUACGAGGAAAUAAGAGUUAGCCCAGUAAGGGCAUGUACAAUGCUGCUAUCUUAGGAGUGCCACGUAGGAUAGAUGAUGAGGUGGAGGAGAGAGAACUCAUAAGAAAAGGCUUGUCUUCUCUUAUUUAAGAAAAGACAUGAGGUGAUCUCUUAGCACAAUGUCUCACCAUAUUUUUAGGAAUUGCUAGUUAUUCAAGAAAAGGCUAAGAGAUGACCCGUUGUAGACAAAUUUUUUUGUCAUCUCUAAAUCACAUGCAAGACUUAAGAUAAGACUAUCUUAUCAAUCAUUGUACAUGCCCUAACGGAUUAAGUUCAUCUGGGCAUCGAAAUCAAAUUGUCUAGCUAUAGCCUAGUAAUUAAUUAAUCGGUUGAGGGUCCGUUUUUUGGAAGGCAAAGUUGAAUGGGUUGCCCGGCCAAUAAAGUUGGAUGGGUUGGGAAUUUGGGAUUAGUUUGAAGCUUGUGUGGAUAGCCACUUGCUUGCUUGGCUGGAUAAGCUAGCUAGACUAAUCCGUUUCUUGUUUGGCUGUCACUUGUCAGCAUAUGGUGGUUGAGAUUAGCUCGUCUUCCGUAGGGGUCAAAAAACAUUGUAACUAUGUUGCUUGUAAUUGUUAAUUCUGCUACUUGCAAUAAUUAAUUAAUUAGGGCGUGUUUGGCUUUGGCUAUAAGCUCUGGCACCAAUACAGUAAUGACAAGGGCAGCGAAGGCCGAGCAUCUUUUGUCGUUGGUGCGUCUCGAUCAUUUGCAUAGGUCAAAAGGCGUGUUUGGCUUUGGCUACAAGCUCUGGCACCAAUACAGCAAUGACAAGGGGCAGCGAAGGCGGAGCAUCUUUUGUUGUUUGUGCAUCUCGAUCAUUUCCAUAGGUCAAAAAGUCUUCCCAUCAAAUCUGAUAAUAUUUCCCUCGCGAUGCUCGUUGUCAAAGUCGGAGCUGUCGUUUGUUUGUGCGUGUGACCAUCUGUUGGCAUGUGCCGUCUUGGCUUGUGCAGCUGUUCUACAGCUCUGUGUUCCAUGCCGGUGGCCAGGUUGACCAGGGGUGCCCAUUUUGUGGUCUGGAUUGUGUCAGUUUUAGCCCGGUUUUUCAUCAAUUAACCGGGCAAUUCUCCUUCUUCUUAAUCAAUAAUAAAAUGGCAAGUCUUUUGCCUCGUUUUGAAAAAAAAAUCUGAUAAUAUAGUGUAAGAGAUUGAUUGACUAAGAAACAAGAGACCAGUUACUUCACAAGUAUGCGUCCAUUGUUGGUUUCACACUUUCAUUGCAUAAUACAUAGUCCGGUCAGUGCCAAUCGAUCGAUCAUGUAUGUAUGUCUUAAUUUCCUGACCUGGGCGCUCGAUCCUUGUAAUUAGUCUUUGAGUCAUGCAUCGAGGGUAAAAAGAACUAGCCUAUGUAAAGUUCACUGUUUGUCUCUUUACAACAGAAUAUGCAUCUCUCUUCUGUAAAUAUAUAUGUGUAUUUCACGAUUACUUAAUCAAUUGGGUAAAUUUGAAGUUAAUUUGAUCGAGCCUCACAAAUAAUGCUCGUGCUCAAGUUUCAAGCUAGGGCAAGUUAGUUGGUAUAUAACAGGCCCGGGUAACCAACUAAUGGAUCUCCGAGUUAGUAUAACCCAAAUUGAGCUGGAGUGCAUGCUAGUUGAUGAUGACGCAGAGCCCAAGGCCUUGCCAUUCCCACUAUUGGAGAAAAUAACAGAUGGUUUUUCUGAUAAGCUGGAAAUUGGAAGAGGUGGCUUUGCGGUGGUUUAUAAGGCAAUGCUUGAUAAUGGCAUUAUCGCUGUAAAGAGGAUGUCCAAUACGUACAUGUAUGAGAAAGAAUUCCACCGAGAGGUGGAAUGUCUAAUGAAGGUGAAGCACAAAAACCUUGUGCGAUUUCUCGGAUAUUGUGCUGACACCCAAGGGAAUAUGGGAAGCUACAACGGGAAAAUGGUUAUGGCAGAUGUGCAACAAAGAUUGCUCUGCUUUGAGUAUCUACCUAAAGGAAGUCUUGAUGAUUAUAUUACAGACUCUUUUGGAGAAUUUGAAUGGAGAAAGUGCUACCAAGUAAUAAAAGGGAUAUGCGAAGGGCUAAAUUAUCUUCACCAAAACAAUAUCAUGCACUUAGACCUAAAACCCGGAAAUAUAUUAUUGGAUGAAGAUGUGAUGCCGAAAAUUACUGAUUUUGGACUAUCAAGGUGUUUUGAGGAAGGCCAGACACGAGUCAUUACUGAAAAUGUGGGCGGAACGAUAGGAUAUUUGGCACCAGAAUUCCAUACUGGUGAAAUCACACACAAAUUUGACUUGUACAGUCUUGGUGUUAUAGUUAUGGAGAUGUUGACCGGAAAGAAGGGGUAUCAAAGUAUUGAAGAUGUAUUGAAGAUUAUUUUAACCUCUAGUCUCUAAUCACCACCCCUCAUCACUUCUCAAUUUAUUCUUUUAUCACCCCUCAUCAUUCCAAAUCAUCUAACUUCCCAACCGGUCACCCAUCCCUCUCACUACUCCAGCCCAAGCACGCUUAACUUCCGGGUUCUAUUCUCCCACGCUCCAAGUC